UGGGGUGAGAGAGAGAGAGGGAAAUGGAGUGAAGCAGAGAAAGAGCCUGAAAGAUACAGGGUUCGAGAGAGAAUGGCGGGCCUUUAUGGGCUCCUGCAAGACAUUGGGGAGUGUAUCACCCGCAAAAGCAAAAGCGACGACCCCUCCUCCCCUCAUUCUGAUGACUUCUCCGUUGAGAGCAGAUUUCGUUCUGUGCUCCCCAAUCUCCUCCAUGCUUUUGUCCUCCCUUCCAAGACAGAAAAUGAAAGGGAGCUAACUGCCAUUUUAAAGCUAAUUACUCACAUCUGCAAGAAUUACCCUGGUGUCUUCUUCAAUGGUAAGGCUUCUGCUGUUCUUCCCAUACUCGGACGCGUUAUUCCCUUAUUUGCGGAGCCAUCUUUCUGCUCUCAUCAUCAUGCAAUUUUCGAGACUGUUACUUCCCUCUUGUCCUUGCUCCGUACUGGAGAAAGGGAAGCUUACCGCCAGUUUUUCUUGGACUCUAUGUUGCUUCUUGAAGAUCUUUUGUCAGUGGCAUCAUUUUAUGCAGAAAAAUCGAACUUCACGGCUUCCACUACUUUGUCAAUAACAUGUUUCUGUGAAUCUUUUUAUGAGAUUUCUAGUGCUCCAGCUCUUUUCUGCGACCUUCCACCUUGUUGCAAACCAGCAGGUGGUCAUGGUAUUCUGGUGGACGUCACAGAUGAACCACGGUGGCAGCCUUUCUCAAUUUGGACUAUCAAGAUUCUUAGCAAGUGCCUCACAGAAGGCACUCUACAUGUGGAAGGGCUCAUCAGUCCUUCAUUUAUGUUGAGUGCAUGUAACUUGCUAUGUUAUGGAGGUGCUGAUUUGCAUAUGUCCUGUUUUGACUUUGCACGUACUGCCGCAGCAGUACUGGAUGCAGAACUUAUUCCUGUUGAGAAGCUUAUCCUAUCAAUAGCAUCCAUCUUGGCUCAAGAUAUCCAGAAGCUUUCAACAUUCAGAAAUUGUGUUUAUGAUUCCACCAUUGGUGCUUGCCUAACUGCAUUGCACUUUACCUGCCACAAGGAUAUUGUCGAGAGCACUGCUAUGGAUUUGCUUAGGGUUUUCCCGCUGACACUUCAGAAUACAGAAAGCCCAGAGCUGAAGGUUGCUCUAUGCAGUGCUUAUACACGAAUUGUCAAAACAUGUCAUCCGAACAUUUGGGGGCCAGAAUCUCUUCUGAAAAUAUUAUCCUAUUCUAAACCUUGUUUAGAACUGGUUGAUUGCAUUCAAGUGGUGAUAAAUUCACUUGGACCUUUUAACUCUGGAGGGAAAUUUGACAAUGGUAGUAUGCAGGCUUCAUGGUCCGCUUCAUGUGACAGGGAAUUGGAGACUGUCAGUGUGGGUGAGAAGAGAGUUGCUCACAGUAACAUUGACAACUUAAAAAGUAAGAGGCAGAGAAUAGAGAAAGACGGCUUGCUUUCUGAUGUUAACUUUCGAAUUGGUGAUGAAAACCAUCCUACAGAAGACCUUCCACGUAUUUCACACUUACCAAAUAUCAUAAGUUCUGCAUUUGAUUCAGACAAAAUAUCAUAUGCAAAUUACUGGAGAGGCAUGCUUAUUGAGUUUAUUGGUCUUUUAAACUCUGGUGAAUUAGAAAAUAGGCCUUUAACACGAGAGAAUGCUGUAAUGGCUCUUAGCAUACUUUGCAUUGUAUUCAGUAACGAUCCCUACAGUACCUUGACUGUCCAAAUCUUUCAGCAAGUGCUGGAGUGGAUACCUUGGAUAUUUGAGCAGGCAAUGGAAAUAAAUUGGUCCAUAUUCGAUUUGUCCAUCUAUCUAGAAGCAGCUUAUAAUGUGUUGCUACUACAAAGUUUCCAUCCCAAGGAUAUGAAGCCAAUGAAAGAUGGUGGUCAUGGUUCUAUUCCUAGUCUCUAUUCCUACAACCUGCAGCUUUUACAAUUGUUAAAACUUCCUUGGACACAAUCUCAUUUGGUUAAUCAGGUUUAUCCUCUAUGGAAAGCAAAGUGCCUCUCUGUUAAAGUCCUCUCCUUGAUGGGCAUCAGACCAGAUCUUGAUAUUUUGGACCUGGCAUUGCAAGACAAUUAUGAGGAGGUUAGAGUUGAAGCUGUUACUUCUAUCCCAGUCUUUUUGUUAUGCUUCAAUCCGGAUCAAAUAUCUUAUGUAUGCAGAAAAAUAGAGGUCUUAGGGCAAGACAAGUCUGACAAAGUAAAUCAAGGUUUAGCCAAUACAAUUGGGUAUAUAUCAUGUCUUUAUGGUUCUCUCUGCAAUGCUGGAUCCAUGAAGGACAACAGUUCAUGUAAGCUUUAUGUAGAAGUUGGCAGAGGGAAGCAGAGUCAAACUUCAGAGUUUCUUUCCCAACGAUUUUGGUGUCCCCAAUGUGGCAUCGGAUCUCCAUAUGACCAAGAAAAGUUUCUUAAUAGUAGAUACCUUUCCCAGGUGCAAUGCAUAGAUGAUGGCUUUGAAUUUGAGUUUGGAAAGAUUCUGAAGCUCUUCUUUAAGCUUCUUCUGGAAGAAUCAUCAGAAGAAGUCCAAGUUGCAUGUGUGGGAAUCACAUCUCGGGUUCUGAUGCAUAUGCAAAAAGAAGCAUUGACUGAGACAAGGUCUGAAUGGAUCCAAUGCAUUGACAAAUUACUUCUUCAUGAUAAGAGGUCCAUGAGAGAAGCAUUUUGCUCGCAGAUCUGUGGCUUCCUUUCAAGCCAUGUACUGGACUGUUUAUUUUCUGAAGGAAAUGAAAACAACAAGACAAAAGAGCAAAGACUUCUUGACAAAUUGAAGCAUGCUUUGGCAGCAACCGAGGAUCCUGGGGUGUUUGAGACUCUACUAGAAACUGCAGCUGAGAUCAUGAAAGGUGUUGACUUCCAUGGGCAGAUUUUCUUUUUUGCUCUUGCUUUGUUGCUUGAUCAGCUUGAUAAUCCUCAUAUCUCCGUGAGAAUGACAGCUUCAAGGUUAAUACUCAACUCAUGCCAAUUCCACUGUGGAGGUGGAUUUGAUUUGAUAUUUUCUAAGUUCACUAAUAUUAGGGAUGAACUUUUUGAAUAUCUUUGUUCGAGGCUUGUGAGCCGUCCAGCAAUGAUCAGAGAGUUUUCAGAGGCAGUUGUGGGGAUCAAGAUGGUUGAUCUUGUCCGGAUGAUGAUCCCUAUUGUGCUCCCAAAGCUAGUGGUUUCUCAGAAGGAUAAUGAUCAAUCAGUCAUUAAUCUACAUGAGCUAGCGAAGCACUUGGACACAGAUUUGCCGCUGUUGCUUUUGGAGUGGUGCCACAAAGUGCUUGCCUUUGUUCUUUUGCAAGCAGAUGGGAAAGAGUUGCUCUCUGCUUUGCAGUUUUAUGAAAUGCAGACUGGGUCUGACACCAGUGAAAUUUUUGCAGCUGUUUUACCAGCACUUCUUGAUGAGCUUGUACGUUUUCUUGGGGAUUCUGAUACUAAUGAGACCAGCAGGAGGACUGCACGAGUUCCUCAGAUGAUCCAAGAAGUUGCUAGUAUUGUCACUGGCUCUAAUGAUCUACCGCAAUUUUUGAGGAAUCACUUUGUUGGCCUUAUUAACAGUAUUGACAGAAAAAUGCUACGUGUUGAUGACCCCCUAUUGCAGAAACAAGCUUUGAAAUGUAUAGAAAAACUUAUUGAAAUGAUAGGUUCUCAUCUCAGUACUUAUGUACCCAAGAUUAUGGUUCUUCUAAUGCAUGCUGUGGAGAAAGAAACCCUUCAGAUUGAAGGCCUUAGAGUUUGGCACUGUUUCAUCCAACAAUUAGCUAAGGUGUCGCCUUUAAAUCUGAAACAUAUAGCUUCUCAAGUAGUGGCUUCUCUUAUUCCUUUUCUUGAGCGAUAUGAUGAGAACACGUUGCAGUUGAACAAAGCUGUGGAAAUUUUGGAAGAACUUAUUGUCUCAAACAGGCAUCUAUUGGAUCGGCAUGUUAGGGAACUCCCUUUGUUGCCUAAUCUUCCCAUACUAAAAGAAGUGAAUAAAGUUAUCCAAGAGGCACAUGGCUCGAUGAGUUUAAGAGACCAACUUCGCCAUGCUAUUGAUGGUUUGAACCAUGAGAACCUGAAUGUAAGGCAUAUGGUGGCCUCUGAGUUAUGCAAGCUACUGAAUGUGAGAAGGGAGGAUGUCACUGCUAUGAUAUUGGGAGAAGUUGGUUCGGAUUUGGAUGUCAUAAGCUCAUUGAUUACAGCCUUACUAAAGGGUUGUGCAGAGGAGUCGAGGACGAUAGUGGGCCAGAGAUUGAAAUUGGUUUGUGCAGAGUGUCUUGGAGCUCUUGGGGCAGUUGAUCCAGCCAAAGUCAAAGUAGUUUCAUGCCGUCGUUUCAAGAUUGAAUGCUCAGAUGAUGAUUUGAUCUUUGAGCUUAUAAACAACCAUCUUGCCAGGGUUUUUCGAGCUGCCUCUGAUACUGUUGUUCAAGAUUCGGCUGCAUUAGCUAUACAAGAGCUUUUGAAGCUUGCAGGGUGCCAAGCUUCAUUGGAUGGUAAUGUUUCUCUCUUUAUGUCCCAGCUUUCAAAGAGCAGGGAGUCAGAGAGAGCCUUUACUGAAAAGGAUAGUGACUCUUCUGAGAUGAACAAGAGAGGUCAGAGACUUUGGGACCGUUUCUCUAACUAUAUCAAAGAAAUAAUUGCUCCAUGUCUGACCUCGAAGUUUCAGCUUCAGAUAGUUAAUGAAUCAAGCUCAGCUGGCCCCAUUUACAAGCCCUCAAUGUCAUUUCGAAGGUGGAUAUACUCUUGGAUCAGGAAGUUGACCAAAGAAGCAACUGGGUCUCGAGCAAAUAUUUUCAAUGCUUGUCGAGGAAUAGUUAGACAUGAUAUGGGUACAGCUAUUUACUUGCUCCCAUAUUUAGUCCUGAAUGCAGUUUGCCAUGGCACUACUGAGGCACGCCAGAGCAUAACCGAGGAGAUAUUAUCCGUUCUCACUGCCGCUGCUUCAGACAACAGUGGGGCAGUUGUUCAUGGAGGGCAGAGUGAAGUCUGCAUUCAGGCCAUCUUCACUUUGCUUGACAAUCUAGGUCAAUGGGUGGAUGAUCUUAGACAAGAAGUUGCUCUUUCUCAGUCCCUCCAGUCAUCUAAUCUGAAGCAACCUUCAAAAAGAAAGGAUCAGCCUGAUGGUGAUCAGUUCGUACUAGUACAGUGCAACAAUGUUACUGAGCUCUUGACUGCUGUUCCAGAGGUGACUCUUGCUCGUGCUUCCCUUCGUUGCCAGGCCCAUGCCCGAUCUCUGUUAUACUUUGAGUCACAUGUGAGGAAGAAAUCGGGAUCAUUUAAUCCGGCGUCUGAGAGAAGUGGGUUAUUUGAUGAUGAAGAUAUCUCCUUUUUGAUGGAGAUCUAUAGUGGUUUGGAUGAGCCUGAUGGCCUAUUUGGGUUGGCACAUCUAAGAACUUCUUCAACCUUGCAGGACCAAAUCUUGAUCAACGAAAAGGCGGGUAAUUGGUCGGAAGCUUUAACUUGCUGUGAGCAAGCCUUGCAAAUGGAGCCUGAUUCUGUUCAAAGACACUCUGGUGUUCUCAACUGUUUGCUUCAUAUGUGUCAUUUGCAGGCAAUGGUUACCCAUGUGGAUGGAUUGAUAUCUAGGAUAACCGAGUACAAGAAAACUUGGUGCAUGCAAGGUGUUCAAGCAGCUUGGAGAUUAGGGCGAUGGGAUCUGAUGGAUGAGUACCUAUCUGGAGCUGAACAAGAAGGCCCAGUUUGUAGCACAUCUGAGAUUAAUGUUUCUUUUGAUUUGGGUCUUGCUAAGAUUCUCCAAGCCCUAAGGAAGAAAGACUCAUACUUGGUUGCUGAGAAAAUUGCCCAGGCUAGACAAGCUCUAUUAGCUCCCAUAGCAGCUGCUGGAAUGGAGUCUUAUAUGCGAGCAUAUCCCUUGAUUUUGAAACUGCAUAUGCUAAGCGAAUUGGAGGAUUUUUAUGCUGUCCUUAGCGACAUCUCAUUUCUUGAGAAGCCUUUCCAUCUCGAAGAUCCAAGGUUCUCAAAGCUGAUUAAAGAAUGGGAGAAUCGUUUAAGGCUUACACAGCCCUCGCUUUGGGCUAGGGAGCCAUUGUUAGCUCUUCGAAGAUUGGUCUUUGGGGCGAGCAAUCUCAGAGCUGAAGUGGGAAACUGUUGGCUUCAAUAUGCGAAGCUAUGUCGAGCUGCUGGCCAUUAUGAAACAGCAAACAGGGCAAUUUUAGAAGCUCAAUCAUCAGGUGCACCAAACGUUCACAUGGAAAAGGCUAAGCUUUUGUGGGGUACAAGGAAAACUGACCGUGCCAUAGCAGAGCUCCAACAAGUACUACUCCAUAUGUCAAUCGAAGUUUUGGGGAGUGCAGCUAGUUCUUCUAUCACUAGUCUCUCUCUCAUCCCUCCCAAUCAUGCUUCAGUCUCAGCUACCCAAGCACUCAAUCAAAACCAAGAUGCAGCGAAAACCAUCCUUCUCUACACAAGGUGGAUUCACCAUACAGGACAAAAACAGAAGGAGGAUGUAUUAAGCCUUUAUACAAGGGUCAAGGAGCUGCAACCCAAAUGGGAAAAAGGUUACUUUUUCAUGGCAAAGUAUUGUGAUGAUCUGCUUGUUGAUGCCAGGAAGAGGCAGGAAGAGAAUCAAGAAGGAUUGAUGUAUGAGCAACGGACCUCAAGGAUUGCACCAUCAGCCCCUGUUGCUCAUGGCAGUGAUGAGAAGCCCUGGUGGAAUCACCUUCCUGAUGUGCUUCUCUUCUAUGCAAAAGGGCUCAGAAGGGGCCACAGCCAUCUUUUCCAGGCGUUGCCUAGGUUAUUAACCCUCUGGUUUGAGUUUGGAAGCAAAUAUCAAAGAGAUGGUUGUGCCUCCAAUAAAGAUUUAAGGACCGUCCAUGUCAGGGUUAUGGGUAUCAUGCGAGGUUGCCUCAAGGAUUUGCCUACAUAUCAGUGGCUCACCGCUCUAUCUCAGUUGGUUUCAAGGAUUUGUCACCAAAACAAUGAAGUUGCUCUGCUGGUCAAGCAUAUUAUAAUAUCAGUUUUACAGGCAUACCCUCAGCAAGCCUUGUGGACCAUGGCUGCUGUUUCGAAAUCUACAGUGGCGGCUAGGCGUGAAGCUGCAGCCGAGAUAAUCCAAGGAGCACGUAAAGCAAUUUCUCAAGGAAGUGAAGGAAACAUUUUGUUUACUCAGUUUGCCGCCUUAAUAGAUUACCUGAUCAAGUUAUGCUUCCACAGCGGGCAACCAAAGGCGAAGACAAUCAAUAUUGCCACUGAGUUCAGUGCCUUGAAACGGAUGAUGCCUGUUGGGAUCAUAAUGCCCAUCCAACAAGCUCUUACUCUAACACUGCCGACAUAUAGCACAAUCUUUUCGGACCUUCCGGAGUAUGACCCCUUUUCCCAUGCAGAACAUGCUACCAUUGCAGGAAUCUCAGAUGAAGCAGAGAUCCUCUCAUCACUCCAGAGGCCAAAGAAGGUAAUAUUCCAUGGUAGCGAUGGAAUCGACCAUCCUUUCCUCUGCAAACCCAAGGAUGACCUCCGAAAAGAUGCUCGGAUGAUGGAGUUCACGGCAAUGAUCAACCGCCUGUUAUCCAAAUACCCAGAGAGCCGGAGGAGGAAACUGUACAUCCGAACCUUUGCAGUAAUUCCACUCACGGAGGACUGUGGUAUGGUGGAGUGGGUCCCACACACUCGUGGGCUUCGCCAAAUCCUCCAAGACAUCUACAUAGCCUGUGGCAGGUUUGAUAGACAAAAGACAAACCCCAUGAUAAAAAAAAUAUAUGAUCAACAAGGCCAAAUGCCUGGGGAUGAGAUGCUUAGAACAAAGAUCCUUCCUAUGUUCCCUCCUGUUUUCCACAAGUGGUUUCUUAAUACUUUCUCUGAGCCAGCUGCCUGGUUCAGGGCACGUGUUGCUUAUGCGCACACCACUGCAGUAUGGUCCAUGGUUGGGCACAUUGUGGGGCUUGGUGAUAGACAUGGGGAGAACAUCCUCUUUGAUUCCACAACGGGUGACUGUGUUCAUGUUGAUUUCAGUUGUUUGUUUGAUAAAGGCCUCCAAUUGGAGAGGCCUGAAUUGGUGCCUUUCAGGCUUACCCAGAAUAUGAUUGAUGGGCUGGGCAUCACUGGAUAUGAGGGUAUAUUUCUAAGGGUCUGUGAGAUCACGCUCUCUGUGUUGAGAACACAUAGAGAGACACUUAUGAGUGUUCUUGAGACCUUUAUUCAUGAUCCUCUUGUGGAGUGGACAAAGUCUCAUAAGUCUAGUGGAGUGGAAGUUCAGAAUCCCCAUGCACAGAGAGCCAUUAGCAACAUCGAAGCUAGGUUGCAAGGAGUUGUAGUGGGUGUUGGAGCUGCUCCAUCCUUGCCCCUAGCUGUAGAAGGACAAGCUCACCGACUGAUUGCUGAAGCUGUGUCCCACAAAAAUCUUGGGAAGAUGUAUAUAUGGUGGAUGCCUUGGUUUUGAUCAUAUUUUCAAGACCAAGCAUGGUAUGCUCGCUGUUUUGGUCGCUUUGGGGAAGCAUCUUAUGAAAAUAUUUGAUUGGAGAACUUUCCAUCUGUGCUUCUCAUUCUACUCAUUAUUGUGAAGUGUUGUACAUAUUGUGACCGUGUUCUCUAUAGCAAGUUGCCAAUAGACUCGACAUUUACAGCAUAAAAUGUAGAUAAUGGAGGGAAAUGCAUUUGUUGCAGACCUCGCUCAAGCUCUGGAUGUGUUUGAAUAUUGAAUUACUGCUUAUGUGCCUUUGGUCA